UCCGUCACCGCCACGGCUCGCAUCCAGCCCUUCACCAUAUCUACCUCCAUCUGUAGCCCUCUCUUGCACAAGCUGCAGACUCGAUACCGUCCGUCGGCGCCCAGACGCCAUGGGACUCAGCAAGUUCUUCGCAAGCUGCUGCGGGUUAGGACGCUCAAGAGAUAGCAUCUACGACCCAGUGCUAGCAGAUAGCGAGCGGGAAGCCGUCGCCGACCUUUUGAACUUCCUAGAGAAUCGAGGCGAAACCGACUUCUUCUCCGGCGACCCCUUACGCGCGUUAAGUACCCUCGUAUACUCAGACAAUAUCGAUUUGCAGCGGUCAGCGAGCUUGACGUUCGCCGAGAUCACAGAGAGAGAUGUCAGAGAAGUCGACCGCGACACUCUAGAGCCUAUUCUGUUCUUACUCCAAAAUCCGGAUAUUGAGGUGCAGCGUGCGGCGAGUGCGGCGCUGGGCAACUUGGCCGUAAACACGGAGAACAAGGUUGCCAUUGUCGCGCUGGGAGGGCUUGCGCCAUUGAUCAAGCAAAUGAACUCGCCCAACGUCGAGGUACAAUGUAACGCUGUCGGGUGCAUCACGAACCUCGCAACCCACGAGGACAACAAGGCCAAGAUAGCUCGUUCGGGAGCACUACAGCCCCUCACACGGCUGGCAAAGUCCAAGGACAUGCGUGUACAGAGAAAUGCAACCGGCGCGCUCCUCAACAUGACACACUCAGAUGAUAACCGCCAACAACUUGUCAACGCUGGCGCUAUUCCCGUCCUCGUCCAACUGCUCUCCUCUUCUGAUGUCGACGUUCAAUACUACUGCACAACCGCACUCAGUAACAUUGCCGUCGAUGCAAGCAACCGAGCUAAGCUGGCCCAAACGGAGGGUCGGUUGGUGGGGUCAUUGGUGCACCUCAUGGAGUCCUCCUCGCCCAAGGUCCAAUGUCAGGCAGCACUUGCUCUCCGCAAUCUCGCUUCCGACGAACGCUACCAGCUGGAGAUUGUGCGCGCUCGCGGGUUGCCAUCUCUCCUCCGCCUUCUGCAGUCGUCCUACCUUCCCCUUAUCCUCUCCGCCGUCGCAUGCAUACGAAACAUCUCCAUCCACCCCGCAAACGAAUCCCCAAUCAUCGAAGCUGGCUUUCUUCGGCCCCUGGUAGACCUGCUUGGCUCUACUGACAAUGACGAGAUCCAAUGUCAUGCCAUCUCCACUCUUCGCAACCUCGCGGCAAGCUCGGACAAGAACAAGCAACUAGUUUUGGAGGCAGGUGCUGUACAAAAAUGCAAGCAACUCGUGCUUAACGUGCGGCUACCCGUGCAGUCGGAAAUGACUGCUGCGAUCGCUGUCCUUGCCUUGAGCGAGGAGUUGAAGCCUCAUCUACUCAAUCUUGGAGUUUUCGAUGUCCUGAUACCCCUCACAGAGUCCGACAGCAUUGAAGUGCAAGGGAACAGUGCAGCUGCAUUGGGCAACUUGUCAUCAAAGGUGGGUGACUAUACCAUCUUUAUCCAGAACUGGACGGAACCCGCAGGUGGCAUUCAUGGCUACCUCCGCCGCUUUUUGGCCAGCGGGGACCCUACCUUCCAGCACAUCGCCAUCUGGACCCUCCUACAACUUAUCGAGUCUGAAGAUUCGCAACUGAUUGAGCACAUCGGCAAGUCGCACGAAAUCGUUCAGAUGGUGACCGAGAUUGCCGAGCGCAACAUCGAAUCAGAUGACGAGGACAACGAAGAAGGCGAGGGUGAGGUUGUCACGCUUGCCCGCAGGUGCCUCGAACUUUUGGGCAAGAAUCCCAAGACCCUUGUUGAAGGGUAAACCGUUGAAUCGCUUUUUAUACCCAGCUUUAUGGACUAUUCCUCUCGUUUUUCUCUAUUGUUUUCUUGCUUAUGCGUCCAUGUCACAUAUUGUUCUGGACAACAUGCAUUUGCAUGUUUUGGGGUCGCUGGCGUUCAGGACUACACUAUUUCAUUUAUCUCCAGCGAGCAUUGGCAAAGCGGGCUUCCUUACUAUUAGCAUAUCACUUUUGUUACCCGCCACUCUUACUCGGAGUGCUUUCGAUACGGGUGAAUUUGUAAUUGAUCGAGUUGGAUGAUAGCUUCUCCC